AUGAAGUUGAUCGCGACCUCUGUCUUGCGCGCCCUCGCCGCCGCGGCCGUGCUGGGUCUUGUCCCGGCCGUGCUGGCCCACGGCGGCGAAGAGAAUGCUCACAGCGCUCCUGCGCCUGCUCCUGCUGCUGGUGGGCAUGGAGGAGGGCAUGGCCAUGCCAUGGACCCUCCGCGCCCUGACUCGGAGUACCCGCCUAACUACUUCAGCCAUCCGGAUCACAAGGCCGUCAUCUAUGCGCACAUUGCGUUGAUGGUGCUGGACUGGGUGUUUAUCCUGCCUGCAGCCGUCAUGCUCUCGUUGGCGCGCUCGCGCUAUACCCUCGUGGUCCAAUUCGUCUUCCUGGCUAUCAAUGGCGGCGCUGUCUUCCUGGGCAUCCUGUACAACGCCAGCACACCCGAUCUGUACCCGAACAACGCGCACCACAAGCUCGGCUGGAUCGUCACCUUCGUCUUUGGCGCCCAGGUCGCCAUCAGCCUGCUGGCCCGUGUCGCCGGCUACCUGACUGCUCGUAAGUCUGGCAUCUCGGAGAAUGCCCGUUCCGAGGAGCGCCAGGGCUUCAUUCCUGUCUCGACCGAGGCCAUGGUUGAGCACGAGGCCAUGUACUCCUCGACCCCGUACCACCGCUUCUCGAACGAUAGUGGCCAUGGUACCGAGCCGCGCACCGAGUCGCUGCGCAGCCAUUCGCUCUCGAGCCCCGACUGCUCGCAGCUACCUGAAGAUGCCAACAAGGAGUACAAUAUCGGCAGUCAUGAUGAUGAUGACUCUGAUGAGGAUCUUGAGGCCGCGCACCUGCCAAUGUUCAAGAAGUCGAGCAAGGCUCAUGAGGUUGUCGCCAACAUUGCCGGCAAGAUCUCGAACCGCUUCUGGAAGGUCCUGUUGUUUGCUUACAACUUCAUCGACCGGACUAUCCUGAUCCUCGGCUUUAUUACCCUGUGCACGGGUAUUGCUACUUAUGGCCGCUUCUUUGAGGGCUCUAAGAUCUUCAGCGGUCUGGCGCACUGGAUUAAGGGCGGCGUCUUCUUCUGGCUCGGUAUCUUCACUCUCGGCCGCUGGGCUGGCUGCUUCGGUGAGCUGGGCUGGGCCUGGAACAUCCGUCCCAAGAUCCCCGGCCAGAAGUGGCGUCCUACCGCUGAGUUCGUUGAGAGCGCUGCCAUCUUCUUCUACGGAUCGACCAACAUCUUCCUUGAGCACCUUGGCGGCUGGGGUGGUGAAUGGACCCCUACUGACCUCGAGCACCUGUCUAUCACUGUCCUCUUCAUCGGCGGCGGUCUUUGCGGUAUGCUCAUUGAAUCUUCUCGCAUCCGCUCUCUCCUCAACUACACCGUGACCGACUACGCCCAAAUCACCCCCCGCAACAACACCAACAACCGCCGCGACCCCGAGCGUAACGACCCUGAAGAGCUCCAGGAGCCCGAGACCUACAAGUUCUCCAUGAACCCCAUCCCCGCCCUGGUCAUCCUGCUCUUGGGUAUCAUGAUGUCUUCGCACACCCAGGAGACCAUGAUGUCGUCCAUGGUGCACAAGCAGUGGGGCGACCUGCUCGCCGGCGCCAGCUUCGCGCGCGCUCUGUCGUACCUGCUGAUUUAUCUGAAGCCGCCCAAGUCGGUUUAUCCCAGCCGGCCGCCGACUGAGCUGUUGACGUCGUUUGGGCUGAUUGCCGGUGGAUUGAUCUUUAUGGCUAGCGCGAGCGAUACCGUCGAUGGCAUGAUCCACAAGCAGCUUGACGUCAUGUUCCUGUACACCGUCACCAUGGGCUUGGUUGGCCUGAUGAUGGCGUACACUCUGCUCAUGAUCUCGCUUAAGAACUGGGCGAGGAGGAAGGAGAUGCGUGCUGCUGGCCGGCGCUAA